GUUGCGGAGCGGGGGAAGUCUCGCGAUUGUUGGCGUUAUUAGAGAGAGUUGGUGAAGAUGGCGCCUGUUGUGACAGGGAAAUUUGGGGAGCUCCCUCAGCCAAAGCGUUUAACAAGGGAGGCAAUGCGCAACUACUUGAAGGAAAGAGGAGAUCAGACAGUACUCAUACUGCAUGCAAAAGUCGCACAGAAAUCGUACGGCAAUGAAAAAAGAUUCUUCUGUCCUCCACCAUGUGUUUACCUGAUGGGUUGUGGCUGGAAGAAAAAGAAGGAGCAGAUGGAGAGAGAGGGCUGCUCGGAGCAGGAGUCACAGCCUUGUGCCUUUAUAGGCAUUGGAAACAGUGAACAAGAAAUGCAGCAGCUCAACUUGGAGGGCAAGAAUUUUUGCACAGCAAAAACAUUAUACAUUUCUGACUCGGACAAACGGAAGCACUUCAUGCUGUCAGUGAAAAUGUUCUACGGGAAUAGCGCAGAUAUCGGUGUCUUCCUCAGCAAACGAAUCAAGGUCAUCUCCAAACCUUCCAAAAAGAAACAGUCGCUGAAGAAUGCAGACCUAUGCAUAGCUUCUGGGACGAAGGUGGCUCUUUUUAACCGCUUGCGGUCCCAGACUGUCAGUACGCGGUACCUUCAUGUGGAAGGGGGAAACUUCCAUGCUAGUUCACAACAGUGGGGAGCCUUCUAUAUUCAUCUAUUGGAUGAUGAUGAGUCAGAGGGUGAAGAGUUUACAGUCAGAGAUGGUUAUAUCCAUUACGGUCAGACGGUGAAGCUGGUGUGCUCCGUGACAGGCAUGGCUCUACCCCGACUGAUCAUUCGUAAAGUGGACAAGCAGACAGCGCUAAUGGAUGCCGAUGAUCCUGUGUCCCAACUACAUAAAUGUGCCUUCUACCUUAAAGAUACAGAGAGGAUGUAUCUCUGCCUGUCACAAGAGAGGAUAAUUCAGUUCCAGGCCACACCCUGUCCCAAAGAAACGAACAAAGAAAUGGUUUUUCACCUUUUUCAGUUUUAUAACAUAUAG